AUGUUCGAGACAGGUGACAUUGAUGCCGAGCUAACAGCAGCCCGCGUACUUUUCUCCCGGAAGCUACAUUACUUGAUUUCGCAACAUGUGAAACAUUCGGCCAAAUUUAUCGUUCGACAAAACGAGGAUAGCAAUGGCUUUGAGACUUGGAGGAGACUUUUCAAGAAGCUCUCGCUGCCAGGAGCUAGGAGGAGCACAUCACUUUUGACACAGCUCUUGGACUUCAAAGUUCAACCCGGCAACCUCAUCAACCUCGGCAAGCAUGGUGGGGGGCAGCGCUCUACCAUGAAGGCCAACGGCAAACCAACGUCUUCCCAGUACCAUGGCCUGACCUACGAU